ACAGCAAACACCCCUGCCACCAUCCCGCCACUACGUCAUCCUCCGUCUCCACGAGCUGGGUCACACUCGGCAAGUCAAAAUCACACCAUUCGAAUGCCGUUGCACAGUGUCCAAGUUGAUGGACCAGCUACCUUGGCCAGUUCGCCACUGGAAGCGGCGACUCCACGAGGGCGACGUCCGCUGUCAAGCUCACCGAUUCAGUCGACACGACCAAUGGCGUCAUCGAAUCAUGCGGACAUGUUGGACGUUGGCUCGACCCGAUGGCUUGGAUCCGCUUUAUCGUCCUGGAAAGGACGUGAUCUAGCGGCAAGACCCACUCCGCCAGCCCCAACGACGGCAGAACCACGCUCCAGUGCUUCGAAGAAUUCCCCACCUCCUGUUCACGUCAACGCGUCAACGAUAGGAGUGGCAGCAACAGCAACAAGUCCAUUAGGGACUGUCUCAAGAGCUGUGCAAACCACAAAACAUUCCGCAAUUAUUCCGUCAAAAUCACGGACAAAUCCACCACGACAAGCCCAGGUUGCUCAGACAUUCACACCGCCACUGGAGCAGGCGUUGAAAAUGGCCCCCGUGCCUCAGCAACUUGUUCAAGUGGCACCAACGGCGACCUGGCAUGUUGCACGUGACUCGACUUCAGCAUCGGCAACCGUCCAACCUGCAACGCAUGCAAAUCUCGUGCGCGAGAAUUCGCCGUCGGUACGCAUUGUGGGCGAGCACAGCGACGACUCGUCGUCCGAUGGACUGCGUGAGCUGGAAAAGGAACUGAGGGUGGUGUCUACGAUGAAGCGAGUGAGCUCUGUCGAGACGAAACAAUCCAAACCGCGAUUCAAACCAACGAAACCCCAACGGCCCAUCAAACCCACGAUCUCGCAAGACGGUGUUACUGUGACCACGGACGACGAAUUGGCCGAGCUGGAAAUGGAACUGGGGAUACUCCCACAAACCCGUGCUAUGUCCUCUUCCAAGUCGUCGAAUCCAACGGAAACAAGACCAAACAAGCGACCUGCAGCGACGUCCCCUGCUGCUCACCCACGGAAGAGGAAGGCGGCGCAACCAAAGCUCGUCCACCCACUAUCGUCAUCUGACGAUAGCGGUUUGGAAGCGUUGAAUCAGCAACUGGGCAUCGUCACAUCAAAGAGCAGCAGGAAGUCUCCAUUGGCAACGCCACGGGGGACGGACCCACCGCGAAAGAAAAAAGCUCGCGUAACGAAGGCACCACCAAAAGAGCGAACUCUUUCAACCAAAGCAAGCAAGGCAGUGGAUCGCGUGCCUGUCCAACGGAAUGCCGCUCCUGGUGACGACACAUCCAAUGACGAAGCCCUUGCCGAGCUGGAGCGGGAGCUCAGCAUCAUCACCACCCAUUCCACGAACCUGAUGAAUCAAAAGCCGAGUCGACCGGACCAAGUUGAACCAGACACAAUCGACUCGGACGAUAGCGGCCUCGCUGCCUUAGACGAAGAACUUGUCAAAUAAUUUAUUGCGUGUCGCGGUUUCUCGUGUAGUGUUCACGAC